AUGAGAAACUCAGGAGUCCAAGCGGAGCUCUUUAUCGACGAGCGAGACCUCCGCGGCAGCACGAGGCGCAGCGCGCACCGACAGCAGACGCAAGCGAAGGACAAAACGGCGCUGGAGAUCGCGGCCAACGAAGCGCUCUUCGGUCACACCGGAGGCGCCGCCGACGAACCUUGGGCACUAGGACUGUCAUCUACGAGCAGCAACAGCGGGGGCGGCAGUGGAAGCGGCGGCCCGUUGGGCUCAGCCGACGCCACUUGGUUCGGCACCAACCCUGCACAGGCAACAACCGCAACAGCAACAGAAAACAUUUUCACUCGAAGUGGCAAUUACAACCCCACCCGCAGUGGUAACAGUGUGCGUAAAACAAAAGGGGGCGGCGACUUGUUGCCGCUGCCAAGCGCGGACGCUCCUUCAAUGGGCAACUACGACCGCGACGCGCAAUUGCGCAUGCCAAUGCCGCAUCGAAUAACAGGCCAGCCACAGGUUCCACAGGCAACAGCAACAACUUCCCAUCAUUUGCCUCACAGGAUGAAGAAUGUCCCGUCCUCAAAUACGAGCGGAAGCAGCAACAACUCGUCGAGUACAGUACCCUAUUUCUACCACUUUCUGGACCGAAGCAACACCAACAGCUCCACGAACUCGUUGCUCUUCAACCAAACGAGCAGUUUUACCGACACUGGUACUGUGUCUACAGGGAAAAGACCACGUCCAAGUACCAGUAACAGCACAACUGGCAGCUUUUUAACACCUUUGGGGUUUCCGUCUCCACUUUUCGAGACAGAACACCCGCUACCAGAUUUCAGCUCAAAUUGGGGUUUUAGCAGUCGAAACGUGUCGAAAUCUGGCACUUCGACGGCAAAUGCUCCGAUUUCCAGUAGUGCGACCAUGACAACGACCAGCCACAGCAGCAGCAACGUUACUACCACGUCAAAUUUAUCAGGAAUUGGGUCCGGUUUCUCGUCGCCGAAUGGGACGUCGAUGUUUGCAGGUGUGGACUCAUUUUUGCCAGAGUAUGAUACGUCGUUGUAUUCGCUCUGGAAUGCACCUGGGGGAGGCAGCGUGAUGGGUUACGAGACGGAGAAUGACGCAGCACAGGGACAGCAGCAACAGGUUCAGCCGCCGCUAUACAUGACAGCAGAUGACGAGUUGAAAAUGGAUUAUCCGCAGCUUCCGGAGUUUAACCAGGACUUGGAUUCGUAUCUGAACGACGCCAUGGAGUCCGGUGCAUCACCCACGACACCACUUGGCACGUCGACUGCUAGUAAUAUGAUGAAGAUGGACCAUCUAGUGACGACGGACAGGAGGACAGGUACCAAUUUAACGACGCUGAGUAUCAGGGAACCACAGUUGGAGAGGUUGCUCGCUCCGGCGGCUGCAACUGCUACAGCGGAGUUUCUAGUGAAACGAGAUCGUGGUUUAACUGGGCUGGACACGUCUGCACGUACCUUAAAGAGACCUCGUGGAGCUUACGACGAUGCAUAUGCAGCUGCACCGGUCAGUAGUGGCACAAUAGCUGGAUCUACUCCGAGUAGUAGUGCUACCUCGUUCCGGAGCUUGACAAAGAAUCCAACUAUUGAGCCAAAGCGGGCAGUGAUGCCUUCGCUGGGAUCGUAUCACAGUGGACAGUCACUGGCAAUGCUCACACCCACAAGCGUGGCCACAACUGGUUCCCAGACAUCUACGACACCUACGAGUAUAGUGACGUCGACGACAAAAUCUGCAACUGCCAAGUCAGUGAAGCGUCCGCGCAGCCGGCAGUGCGAGUUUCCAGGCUGUCCCAACAGAGCUCGAUCGCACCAAAAAUGCAAGAAGCACGGUGGCGCGCACCAGUGUGUCUUUGAGGGAUGCACGAAGAACAGUCAGAGCCGUGGACUGUGUAUCGCUCAUGGCGGUGGCUCUCGUUGCAAGAGGGAAGGCUGUGUGCGGGCAGCGCAGUCCAAAGGUCUGUGCAAAUCUCAUGGUGGCGGCGAGUACUGUGCCGUGGAAGGUUGCAACAAAAAGGCACAUCUGAAACACUUGUGUCGUACACACGGUGGGGGCGUUCGCUGUAAGUUUGAAAAAUGUUCCAAGUGGGCUCAACGCAAAGGAUGGUGUAUGGCUCACGCGAAGGAGUUUGCGGCAACGUGA